UUCUGUGUUGGGUGUGUGGACAAUGAAUGAACAACAAGCAACAAGCAGAAACAAACGCAAACACACACCACACGCACGCACGCACGCACAGGUAGCGCUGGUGAUGAUGGAGGAGGUGCGCAUCACGGAGCUGGCAAAUGAGCUCUCCAACAACCUCGACGCCGUCGGCCCCACUGGGAUCGCGCGCAUCAUUCGCCAGGCUGAUCAGCAGAUCUUCACGGGAUGGCGGCACCACCCAGCCAUCUACGACCAGGAGAUUGUCUCCAGGCUGAGCGAGCUGCGCAACAUGGCUGAGGAGCGCUUGCUUGACAACAUCGUCAAGGGCGAGAAGAACGUCUUCGUCUUCAGCGGCUGCGGCACCUCAGGCCGGAUCGCCUGGCUCUGCGCCCGAUCGUACAACCGAAUUCUGCACCAGUUCCACCCGGAGCUGCAGCGCUGCUUCCGCUACUGCAUAUCUGGCGGUGACCAGUCGCUCGUCAUCAGCAACGAGCUCCCCGAGGACGACCCGAGCCAGGGUGCUGCGGACCUGUUGUCCGUGACGGAGGACUGCGACGGCGUGAUGUUCUUUGGUGUCACGUGCGGUCUUAGUGCCCCGUACGUGGCGGGGCAGAUCGAGGCAGCCAUGCACAUGGAGUCGUUUGUGACGAGCCUGAUUGGCUUCAACCCCGUGCACCUGGCACGCGAUGCGCAUGUGGAGAAUUGGGAAAGAACGUGCAAAGACGUCUUUCUUGAAUUGGAAAGUCUCGCUGACGAAGAGGAUGACCACCGCCACUGGAUCCUCAAUCCAAUCGUUGGACCCGAAGCGCUCACAGGGUCGAGCCGCAUGAAGGGCGGAAGUGCCACGAAGGUUCUCCUUGACGCAAUCUUCCUUCCGGCCCUCAGAUCCGUCAUCGCAAAGAUCACCACCACCCCGGCCUCGCUGCCCAUCCAAACGCCAACGGAGGCAAUUGUGCUCUUCGAACGUACAGCCAGACAGGCGCACCACGCGACGGAUGCCCUUGCAUCGCUGGUGUCGCUGGCCGGGUCUGUGCUGGCGAGGGAGGACGCGUCGCUCUGCUACGUCGGCAUCGACUCUGCCGGCCUCAUCGGGCUGCUCGACGCUUCAGAGAUGGUCGACACAUAUGGAUGCAGGGAGGAUCAGGUGCAGACGUAUGUGCGCGGCGGGUGGGCCGUGUGCGAGAACAAUGAGGGUGACAUGACGUCAAUGGGACCCGCAUUCCACCUCAACCUCGACCACUUUCUCGAGAAUGUGCUUCCGACGCUGCAAGAACGAGACGGAAUUAUUCUCCUGAGCAUCGGCGAUGAUCAAGAGGAGCACCCAGAUCUGGGCCCGCUGCUGGCGGCGCUGUCGUCAUCACCAGCGGCGGUUGGAUCCGUUCACGUCGCGCGCACACGCGAACAGCCAGAAUACAUCCGCACCCUCGCACGCGCAAGGGAGGUGACCUCGUGCGCAAUUGCGUGCGACAUUCUCGGCGUGUGCAACGAGCCCGUGUUCGCUCAUUUUGCCCUCAAGCUCGCUCUGAACGUCAUCACAACAGGCGCUAACGUGCUGCGCGGCGCUGUCUACCACAACGGCAUGAUCAACCUCACCGUCUCCAACAACAAGCUGUUUCACCGCUCUGCUGAGAUUGUUGCCAAGUUGGCUGAAUGCUCAACAGAGCACGCAAAAGAGUGUCUGUUGAAGGCGGUGUAUGAAACGGACGAACUGUCACCCGAAAUCCAACACCGCCCGCUUUCAUCGCACAUUGAGGUUGCCACGCCACUUCAGUUUAUUGUUCCGAAAGCGACGCUACUUGCCCGGAGUGCGACGAUUGCCGAAGCGAAACAGCUGCUGUCCCAGGGGCAGCCCCUCCGCUCACUCAUCGCACGCGACACACAAACACCAUGACGCAUGUGUGUGUGUGUGUGUGUAAUUGAUGUGGUUGAUGUGAUGUCUCCAUAUGUCCAAUCUUCCAUCCGCCUCUUCAAUUCACCUCCUCCACCCACCCCCUUUUCUUGUCACUGCCUGUCCCUCGCUCUCCCUUGCUCAAUUGUGUCUCACUGUCCCGUACACUGUUGUCGUUACCGUCACACCAAUCACUGCACUGGCUGGUGUAUGUGAACAGCUACGAACUAA